AUGCAAAUAAGAUGGUGGCGUUUGACCGGCGUUCCCGCCCUGAGCUUCAGCAGCACCAAGACAUUCUCCAUGGGUGCCACCGAGGAGCAGUUCGAGGAGGCCAAGAAGAAACUUUCUUCGCUCAAGAAAGAUCCCGGGAAUGACGUCAAACUCCAGAUCUACGCGCUCUUCAAACAGGCCACGCGCGGUCCGUGCGACGCCCCCAAACCCGGAAUGCUGGACUUUGUCAACAAAGCCAAGUGGGACUCGUGGAAGUCUCUGGGAUCGCUCGAGCAGGGCGAGGCCCGGCGGCGCUACUGCGACCUGAUCGGCUCCCUGGCGGCGGCGGAAGGCGGAAGCUCGGCCCCGCCCGCCGACGGCGGCGGGUACGAUUGCCUGUCGGUCAGCUCGCGGAACGGCAUCACCACCAUCACCUUCGACAGACCGGCCAAGAAGAACGCCAUCACCACUCAGAUGUACGAGGAGAUCAUCGACGCUUUAGGACGAGCGGCCCGAGACGGCUCGGUCAUCACCGUCUUUACCGGCGCCGGGGAUUACUACUGCAGCGGAAACGACCUGAGCAACUUCACCAAAAUCCCCGAGGGAGGGGUGGAGCAAAUGGCCAAAGCCGGCGGGGAGCUGCUCAGGCGGUACGUGAAGGCUUUCAUCGACUUCCCCAAGCCGUUGGCGGCGCUGGUCAACGGGCCGGCCGUGGGCAUCUCGGUCACCGUCAUGGGCAUGUUUGACCUGGUCUACGCUACCGAAAGCGCCACCUUCCACACUCCCUUUAGCCAACUGGGUCAGAGUCCGGAAGGCUGCUCGUCGUACACGUUCCCUCGCAUCAUGGGAUACGGCAAGGCCAACGAAAUGUUGCUGUUCAACAAGAAGCUAACGGCGGCCCAGGCGUGUCAGCUGGGACUGGUCACCCGAGUCUUCCCCGACAGAAGCUUCCGCAGCGAAGCCCUGAGCCUCCUGGAGGGCUACGCCCGGCUACCUCCCGACUCUCUGGCGCUGUCCAAGCGGCUGAUCCGCUCGGGGGAGAAGGAGCGGCUCCACGCCGUCAACGACGCCGAGGUGGAACGUCUGAUGGAGCGCUGGACGUCGGAGGAGUGCUUCAACGCCGUCAUGAGCUUCUUUCAGGCUAAAGCCAAGCUGUGA